AAAUAUCACCGACAUUUUCAAAAAGAUAACGUCUUAAACUUAACUGGCAAAUAUACUGACUCAGUAUUAUUGUAACCUCGCUCGUUACCUGUGCAAUUGUCUGAAAAGAAAAAGAAAUGGAGCACAAGUGGGUGGCAUGUGCGAAUGGCGCGGUACCAUCGUUAGCUGUAGUCGGCGGUCACGACGUAGAUGGAGACACAAUUUAUAUUGGACGUGCAGAAUUUAAUAACGAUUUAUUGCCAGCUAAGGUAAUACCAAACAAAGGUAAGGCCUAUGUUUGUUAUGGCAGUAAUGAAGAGGAAAUAGAUACAUAUGAAGUGCUCAGUGGAUUGCAUUAUGAAUGGAUACCUUCUUCAAAUGGUAAUGUACCUGCGGCGGCUGUUAAGGUAGGUCGUACAAUUGAUGGUGAAUUUUUAUACGCUGGCCGUGGUUAUUACGAAGGUAGCUUAUGCGUUGGUAAAGUACAUCCUUCACAUGGUUGUCUUUAUAUACCAUAUGGCUCUGAUGAAAUUAAGUUAACUGAAUAUGAAGUACUCGUGCAACCAGACAAAUGGAUUGAUGCGACUGCUGACUCUAUACCCGAAGGUGCUUUAGAAGGGGGACGCGAUGCGGAUGGAGACGUCAUUUAUGUUGGACGUGUUUUUAAAGAUGGUGACUUAAUGCCCGCAAAAGUUAUACCUAAUAAAGGUGGUGCAUAUGUGUGCUGGGGUUCGGAGGAACACAAGGUCGAAAAUUUUCAGGUUUUAGCUGGAGCUGGUUUCUUGUGGACAUCCUGCGAUAAUGGUAGCAUUGUACCUGGUGCUAUUCCAGCAGGUCACACAGCCGAUGGUGAAACUUUAUAUGUAGGUCGUGCUUAUCAUGCCGGUAGCUUAAGUAUUGGUAAAAUACAUCCAUCGCAUGGUUGUAUUUAUUUACCCUUUGGAGGUGAGGAAAUACAGGCAAGCAGUUACGAGGUGCUAGUAAGAACGUAGGUUUGAUAGAAAACCAUUAGUUUUAUAAACUAGUGAUUAUUGUAUCAUUUAAAAUAAAAAAUUGUCUAUGA